AUGUACAGUUUAAUAGAUAAAGUGGCUAUUGUCACUGGAGGUGCAAAUGGGAUAGGUGCACAUAUUGUACAGGAAUUGAUAAAAGAACGGACUAAGUAUGUGGCCAUUAUUGACAUCGAUGAGGCCUCUGGGAUUGCACUGGAGAAUAAAAUAAAAACGGAACACGGAAAAGACGCGGCUGGAUUCUUUAAAUGUGAUAUCACAAAAGAUGAGGAGUUACAUGGCGUAUUUGAUGAAAUGGUUAAAAACUUCGGCGGAAUUGAUGUUGUUGUUAACAAUGCAGCCGUUGCUUCGGAAACAAUGAGUGCUUAUAAAAGGGAAAUCGAAAUAAAUUUUACUGCGACUGUAUCCUCAACUUUAAAAGCUUUAGAGUUGAUGCGUGUUGACCGUGGUGGUAAAGGAGGAACAAUCAUUAAUGUGUCUUCUAUCGCUGCAUUAACGUUAUUAUCACCUAGUGUAUUUAUAUAUGCAGCAACCAAAAGUGCGAUACUACAUCUAAGCAUUUGUAUGGGGAAGGAAGACUACUACCGUCACACUAAAGUACGUGUUCUGACGAUGUGCUUCGGAGCAACAGACACUGAGAUUGUACAUAAAAUGGAGAGCUUUGAUGAAUUAAUAAAUGAGAAUAUGCAAAAAAUGAUAGACAUGGUGAAAAAUGAAAUGUUUUUGCAACCGGCUAAUAUUCCAGCUCAAGGUGUGAUUCAGGGUUACAAAACUAGUGAAAGUGGAAGUACGUGGCUUAUCGAUGGAGGAGAAAUUACGAACAUUACUAACAAAAUACAUGAUGCAUUUGAUAUAUUGUCUGGUGGUAUUGAAAAGUAUAAUAAAAUCGCAUAA